CCACUGGAAGCUGGAUCAUGAGAUUGGGGUGUGGCUUUGCUGUGCGCGCUGGGCGUUAGGCAGACAGGAAACUUUAUUGUUGUGCGGUUCUGUGUAGACCGAGGUAGGGCUGAGUAUGGAAUGGAAAGACAGUGUUGUUGUGGCAGUUGAAACAAUUAUAAGAACUUCUGGCGGUUUGACUCAUCGAGUCUCUACUAUUCCAACUCAUAUAUCCUCACGCAACCUCAGACCGUCAAGAUGGGUAAUAAGAAGCAGCCUCCACUACAACCAGCGAUGGACGACCCCGCUCCACCAAGCUAUUCCAACGAACACCUCACGGGGGCAGGAUCAGACUCUAUCGAACCCCUUCCCCCAACAUACACUCAAAACGACAUCUCCACUCCCAGUCCCAGAUAUUCACAAAACAACAGCCACCGAAAUGGAGCACCCAUAACAGCAGAAUCCCUAUUCUUCGCGGCUAUCAAUGAAGGAAAUCAUGAAUUAGUCGCCAGGUACCUAAGCGAAGGACUUGUGACGGCUAGUACGAGAUAUCAUGAUGAGACGCCGCUGUUGAGGGCUGUCAAGGCGAGGAAUGUGGAGAUCGUGAAGCAGCUGCUCGAGGCUGGCGCGGAGAUUGAUGAGUUUGGAGUAGUGUCAACACAAUACGACCCCACCACCUCAUCCAACACCACCACCCUCCGCAACCCCCUCCAACUCGCCUCCUCCCUCGGGCACCUCAUCCUCGUCAAGCUCCUCAUAGAAACCUACCACGCCUCCGACUCCCUCGUCGCCCCCGACGGGCAAAUCGCGCUCCGCCUCGCAGCAGAAAACAACCACCUCGAAAUUGUCGAAUAUCUCCCUUCCCGCCGCACAGGCGGCUUCAAACGCUGGCAAUUCAAGAACCGGAAAUCGCUAAACCGAAUCAAGCAGAUCUGUAAGAGGAUUGCUGGCUUUAUUAAGUUCUUUCUCUGGGAUGUAGAGAAGUUCUUCUUGUGGACGGUGCCGAAACAUGUGCUUGUGAAACCGAUUGUUAAGGGGUGUAAAUGGUGCUGGGAGAGGAGGGGGAGAUUGGGACCGUGGUGUAAACAUCAGAUGUUGGAGAUGCCGGGGAGGGUGAAGAGGGCGGGGAUUUGCGCUGGGAGACAGGCUGUGAAAGUUCCCAGGGGGAUGGUGAAAGUUGCGAAGGGAGCGUGGAAGUUUGGAAUGGAAACGCUUCCGAGGUUGAUCAAGGACUGUUCGAAGUGGUUGUGGAAACUACUCACUGUGAAGCUACCAAAGGCGUUGCAGAUCUUGGGAGAUUGGAUUGUCUCUGGUAUUACGUCUCUGGGGAGAACGAUCUGGAAUGCGGUCUUGAAAGUCAUAUCUUUCUUCUCAACUGUUAUCGAAGCCAUCGUCUCAUUCUUCAAAUCUCUCACACUACAAGAUAUCUGGAACGGUUUCGUCGAAAUUCUGAGAGCAAUUUUCGUCACGUUUCCGAAACUGAUAGUAUCCUGGGUCAAGGAGUUCGGAGACAUGUCUUACAAGAUGAUGAAAGCGCUAUUCGGCACGCUUGGGAAGGUUCUGUGGGUUUUGGGGUAUGCAAUUCUCUGGGUCAUCACAUUCCUGCCGAAGCAGCUGUGGAGGAUUUUGGAGAGUAUCGGUGCAUCGCUGGCGAAGGCGGGAUAUGAAGUUAAGGUUUGGGUGAAUCCGAAGGCGAGAUGA